ACCGCUCAUAGAGCAAUGGCGCAGUGGAGUGGUAGUGGAGGAGUCCCUUCAAUCGGUGCUCUAAUCGCUGAUUUUGGUAGCUGUGGCCCUACAUUAGCGUAGCGUUCAUUGCUUUGGAAUUGCCGCAAACAAUGAAUGUGGCGAAUGCUUGUUCUCACGCUCCGUGUUCCCUGUGGGCCCGAACAGCCGCAUCCUUGUUUCCGUGCAGCCGCGGUCAGUCAUGGAACAUGACACUCUUCAGAGUUCCUCCCUGAGCAAGGAAGAACAGUUUCUAGACACUGUCUUCAAGGAAGUCCGCAAGUUCGCCAGCGGCGACGUCCAAAACAGCCUGUUGCUGUUUCCUGCCUUGCUGAAACGGGAGAGGUUUUUGACCCACAAGGUUGUCGAGGAAAACUUCGAAAACCUUUGUAGUUUUUCGUUGGGCGAGAAUGAUCUUCGAAGAACGGCGGUUUGUCUGAAAUCCCGCCUGAUCCAUGCUCUGACAAGCAGACAGUGCAAUCAUGAGGGAGUACACCGCCUAGCUCUUACUCUCUGCCGACAGCAAGGGUUGCCAGUUGAUUUCCUGUCGUAUAGAAUGAAGAAGGUUGCGACUAACAAGACGGAGGCGGCACUACCUCCGAGGGCGGCACGGCGGCAGAGGCGGCCCGACAUGCAGCUCUAUGUUCCUAGAGGGCGCAACCUGGAACCUCCCCAACGUGCAGCAUCUAGCUGUGCCCAGGAAGACCGAAUCAGCAAGCGGGAUGACGACCAAACGAGAUGGAACACCGAGGUAAAGGGUCCAAGACCAUCGGCUGGGGAAGCCCUUUUAUCGCAGAAUCAUGGUGCACCGUGUCUGAGCACAACACAAAUGGAACACUUUGACAGGCGGUCGACAGCGAGCAUUCCUGCUGGGAGAAGUUGCAAUGCACCAAAGCAGCAAACCACCCCGCUCCCGGGUUGUUUGCCUGAACCUUCAACAGACUCUAUGGGGUGUCUCGGCGACCGCAGUCUGAGCAAGUCGUCGCAACCUUACACGGAGGCGGCAGAAUGCUCAAGUGUGCAAAAGAAGGCUGCAGCGUCGGGGCAGCAAGACGUCUUGGGAGGAGCCAAUUUGUCAAAAAGUUUGCCCCUUGGACUGAAACAAGGGGAGCACAAAGGAGACGUGGCUUCAAAACAUUCUUCAGUCUUGGAACCAUCACGACCAGACUCGUCAAAACAUUUGUUUGGUACAGUAGAGCAAGUGCAGUCUUGGAACAGUGGAGUACCAACGCCACUUGUGUCCUUAGGAGGAAUGAGCUCGGCCACUGAUGUGCAAAGAGUGCAAGUUAAGUCCAGGAGCAAUGAAACAAUGAAACUACCUGCUGUGUCAGAAAGUGCCUCAUCAAAAGGUUUGUGCAGUGCUGCAGUUCAAGCAGCGUCCGAAGCAGGGGAGCCAUCGAAACAGGUUGUUCUAUCAAAAAGGGAAGGCUCUUUAAAAGAUAGCCAUGCUGUGCCACUACAAAAAAAGUCAAGGAGUGAGAAGUUGUCAAAAAUACCUGCUGUAUCAGAAGGUGCAUCGUUAAAAGACCUGCAUAGUGUUGCAGUUCAAACGGCGUCUAAAGCAGAGGAGUCAUUAAAACCGCCUGUUCCGUCGGAAGGGGAAGGUUCUUCGAAAGAUAUUGAUGUUGUGCCAGUUCAAGCAAAGUCCGGGAGCGAUGAGUCGUCAAACCCACCUGUUGUAUCGGAGAACGUAUCACUGAAAGAUGUGUGUAGAGCGGUGGUCCAAGAAGGGUUGAAGACGGAGGAAACAUUCACACUGCCCAUUUUGCUAGAAGUAAGCUCAUCGAAAAAUAACCUCGCCUUACCAGCACUAGCAAACUCCAAAAGUGAUGAUGCAUUGAAGCCAUCUGCCGUGUUGGAAGAAAGCGACUCGUUGAAAGACUCGAAUUGUGCGAUGAUAGAAGACAAAUCUAAGCCCGAUGAGAGACUGAAGCCACCUACUUUGUCUGGAGGACCUCAUUCAUUAGAGACUUUGCCUGACAUGCCAGCACACGCAGAGUCCAAGAACGGCGAGGUGUUGAAAUCGCAUUUUGCUUCAGAGAGAGGUGAUGAAUUGGCAGAUUUCAAUAAUCUACCAUUAGAAGAAAACUCCAGAAGUGACAAAUCCAUAAAAGUGACUAUGCCAGAUGUCAAUGACUCUGAGAGGGAUAUUUAUGCUGUGCCGGCACAAGUAAAGCUGAAAAAUGACGAAACAUUGACACCACCCGUCAUUUCUGGGAAAGAGGACACAUUACGAGAUUUACAUGCCGCACUGGUGCAAAACAUCCUAGAGACUGAUCAUACACUAAAACCCUCCAUUGUUCCGGAAAACGCGAGCUCUUUGAAAAAUGUCCCCAAUCUGCCAGGACGAGCAAGAACCGAGAGUGAUGAUAAGGUACUGGAUCUGCCCACUGGCUCAGGGUGCACUUCACAAGAUUUCCACAAUAUUUCUGAACAAUCGGUGUUUGAAAGUGACGAGUUGUCCAUAUCUGCCAUUUCGGAAGAAUUCAACACGUCGGAAGAUAUCUGUGCCGUGUCGGAACAAGUGGUGGCCGAGGUUGAUGUUUCUUUAGAACUGCCUGCUGCUGCAGGGGACGCCUGCUUGUGCGAGGGUGUGAAAAGUGUGCCUGAACGAUCGGAAUCUGAACGGCACGAGACAUUAGAGCCUUCCGAGGUCACAUCCACAAAUGGCUCGGCGUCAUAUUCUGGUGAGCAAGACGGCCAGGAGCACGAUUCGUGGGAUGCUCUGUUUGACGAAUCGGGAGAAUGUUUCGACCCGGGGGUGCUCAAAGAUAUUACUCAAGCUCUGGGCGACAUUAAGGUGCAGUACGCGGAGCUUGACUACACUAAGUUUGAGCCACACAUUCCGGAUCUUUCGGAGGCAGAGUAUGGACACAUUCUGGAGAUCUACAACUUUCCUCCUGAAUUUGAGACUAAGGAUGUGGUGUCUGGACUCUCGUGCAGCAGAGACCAGUUCAACAUCAAAUGGGUGGACGACACCCAUGUCCUCGCGGUGUUUUCAACACCAUUUGCCGCAACAGAGGCCCUCUCGCUACAAACCCCCCUGAUGAAGAUGCGACACAUUUCGGAGGCCUCCAAGCAAUCCAAGCUCAAAGUUAAACGGUGUGCAGAGUUCCUGCAGCCCUUCAAGCCCCGACCACAGACGUCGGCCUCAGUGGCGCGUCGUCUUGUGAGCGGAGCUCUGGGACUCCGCGUUCAAGUAGAACCAGAACAGCGAAGGCGAGAGCUCCAAAUGCUCCGGGAAGCCAAAGGCCGACGGAAAACAGUCGCCAAGCAACGAACUGAUGCCUGGAACGGCGACGUAGCAUGAUCACUUGGGUGCUAACCGUCGGCCCAGUUACUUUCUAAAGUUGCGCGGGUGCAGUGUGCCUCCGAAGGAACAUUCCCAGAGCGAGUAAUCUCGAGAGACGCCGGACGGAACUUGGCAGGUGGAGGUCAUCCGGUCUGGUAGAUCGUGUCCCACGUGAGUCCACUGCCCUCCGGUGGAUGUGCAGACGGCCAGAGCAAGUGGCGCCAUGUGCUACGAAAGGAUUGUGGCAAGAGCGACCAUGAACCGUUGCUCAAUUUUAACCGGCGAUUUUGCGCUCGCAAUUGAAUCUGCUUCAACGACAACAGGAGCCGGUUCUAAAAGCUUUCACGUCACAAACUGCAGGAUGUACAGGAAUCACCCCAGAGUGGCACUGUCAUUUCUACAGCCAGCCACAGUUAAUAUUGUGAGCAGUACCAGUUUACAGUAUGCUACACGGUAAACAGCUCUGGGUGCUACUAGCGUCAACUGGCUGGCAGAGCUUAUUGACUAGAUGUUUAUUUUGCUAAAUUUUUAGUAGUCUGGAGUUGCUCUACCUGAAGGAUAUAUGUCAGUAUGGUCCAUGCACAAUUUUGAGGGGCGGUGGGUGAAAAGAGUCUACUUUUACGUGAGGCUAGCUCGUUAAAAUCUGAAUUGCAUGAGGUAGGACAAAAAAAAAAUUCAAAUGUAAUUGCAAAGAGUGCUGCACAUUGGACUCUGAAUUGCAUAUUAAAUGUGUCUGUGGUACCAGAAGUGACGAAAAAUAGAGUGGACUCCACUUACUGAAUGCUCAUGUUCAAACACGAAACCUAUGACACCAAGGUGCUGUAAACAACUCUAGCAUAGUUAAAGCUGCUGACAAGUGGGAUAGUACUGCAGCUGAGGUUUUGUAAUGCCUACUCGUAGGCCUUUGUAGCACAGUAAAUACAGACGCUCGCAAACCUUUAGGUAUUACGAAAUGGUAUGUACAAACAAAUCCAGUUAAAUAUACCUUGUGCUA